AUGGGACCAGAAAAUGGAACUGCAAUUACUGAGUUCAUCCUGGAGGGCUUCUCAGGGCUUGAUCACAGGCUGCAGCUAUUUCUCUCUCUGGCCCUGCUGCUCAUGUACCUGACAACAGUGAUGGGCAAUGCGACCAUCAUUUUCCUGGUGUGCGUGGAUCGCCGCCUGCAAACGCCCAUGUACUUCUUCAUCAGCAACCUGGCCUUCCUGGAAAUCUGCUUUACAUCCUCCACAAGCAUCAAACUGGUUUUGAUCCUGGGUUCUGGAGGGAGAACAAUCUCACUGAGCAGCUGCUUUGCCCAGUCCUAUUUCUAUUUUGCCCUGGGCUGCACUGAGCUUGUUCUGCUGGUUGUCAUGUCCUUUGACCGCUACCUUGCCAUCUGCCUGCCUUUGCGUUAUGCUGCCAUCAUGAAGCCUCAGCUCUGCAUCCAGCUGGUUGUGGCUGCUUGGGUCACAGGCAUCACACUCAUGAGUUACCGCUUGGUCCUCCUCCACAAGCUGACUUUCUGUGGCUCAAACAAGAUCUACCAUUUUUUUUGUGACAGCUCCCCUUUAUUCAAAUUGUCCUGCUCUGACACCAGCCUGCUCUGGAAAAUAGACUCAGUUUUAGCAUCGUUUGUCAUACUGAGUUCCUUAUGUUUCACUCUGUCAUUUUACCUGGGCAUCAUUUUCUGUAUUCUCCAUCUUCCAGCAGCCUCUGGGAGGAAAAAAGCUUUUACUACAUGUUCUUCACAUCUCACCACCUUGGCCAUUGCAUAUGGGAGCUGCAUAGCUCUCUAUGUUCGUCCUUCCAAAGAUGUCUCCUUGGAGACAAACAGAAUUGUAGCUUUGCUGAACACUGUCCUGUACCCAUUCUUAAAUCCCUUCAUCUACAGUCUUCGCAACAAGACUGUGAUACUGGCCCUGAGUGAAGCCGUUGCCCGGGCAACAACACAGCUUUUCACCUCAUCGUGGUGCAUUUCUGGACUGCAGUUCCAAUGA